AUGCCGACGGCGAUGCUGGCGCGCGUCGGCGACAUCUUACGCGCGGGCGCGCGCGUCGCGUUCGUCGCGAGCGAUUCGUCGAGGAGCGAAGGUUUGGUCGAGGCCGUGGGCGCGCUCGGGCCGACGUACGCGAAAUUCGGGCAAGCGCUGUCGUCGCGCGGCGACAUCGUGGGCGAAGACCUGGCGCGAGCGCUGCGCGGACUGUGCGAUGACAUGCCGGCGUUCAGCGAUGAAAGAGCGGUGGAGAUCGUGCGGGAGGAUCUGGGAGCGGAGGGAGAGGCGGUCGCGGAGGCGGUGCGCGCGGCGGGCGCGCCGCGCGCGGCGGCUUCGUUGGCGCAGGUGUACAAGGCGACGUUAGACGGGGAAACGGUGGCGAUAAAGGUGCAGCGACCUGAAAUUAGGGAGAUGGUGGACGCGGAUGCGGCGUUGUUACGGCUCGGAGCGAGCGCGGUGGAGCGCACGGGGAAGGUGAAGGCGCGCGCGCUGGACGCCGUGAAUGAAUUUUGCUCGCGAUUAUACGAAGAGAUGGAUUUCAGACGCGAAGCGGCGAAUUUGAUGCAGUUCAACGCGCUUUACGGUGAGAACGGCAGCGCGGCGAAAUCGUUGCCCAAGCCCGGGAUCGUGGUGCCGCGAUUGAUUGACAAGUACGGCGUGGGCGAGCGCGUCAUCGUCAUGGAAUGGAUUGAAGGCGAAAAGUUAACCGCCGGGCGAACGGGCGCGGUGAACGCGGACGACUUGCACUACGUCAAGCUCGGUAUUUCGUGCACGCUGAGCCAGCUGAUAGAGACUGGGGUGAUGCACGCCGAUCCGCACGGCGGGAACAUUUUAAAAUUGCCCAACGGCGGUUUGGCGUACUUGGAUUUCGGUCUCGUGUCCACGGUGCCGCAACAAGUGCGCGAUGGUUUAGUCGCCGCCGUGGCGCUGUUGAUCUUCAGCCGCAAUUACGCUGCGGUAGGUCGACUAUUCGGCGAACUCAUGCUCAUUCCGCCCGAAGUACUCGAGGACGAGAGCGAGAUGCGCGCGCUCGAGUCGGCGCUCGAGGACGCGGCAAACGCCACGCUGAAAUUUCCCGAGGGCGGCGGCGUCCCGAACGUGCGUUUCGACCAACUCCUCGGCGCUCUCGUCGCCUUGGUUCCGCGCUUCAAGUUCGUCCUACCGCCGUACUUUUUGAACAACGCACGCGCGUUGGGCACGCUCGAAGGCAUGGCAAAAUCCGCCGACGCGAACUUCAACAUCUUGGCCGAGGUCUAUCCGUACUCGAUGAAGAAAUUACUCGCCAACCCCGAAGGUUCGCCCGUGAUUCGUAAAGUCAUCCGCCAGCUCGCCACAGACGAGCGCACGCGCUCGCUCUCCAUCCACAUGCUCUUCGCCAUGCUCCAAGACGUCUCCCUGCUCGCCUCCACGCCUCGAUUCCGCGUGGCGCUCGACGCCCUCCGCGAGCGCGAAGGUCGCGUCCUUUUAUUCGAAGUCCUCGCCUGCGAGCUUCGAAACGCGCUCAAUCGCGCGAAAUCAAAUUUCAUGCGUUUGUUUUCCCGCCGCUCUAGCGAUUUCGUAGCCUUGGCGUAG